UGAGUGAGAGGGCAAACAUUAACUCGACGAAUCGCACCGACCUCACCGAGAACGCCCGUCGUGUUUAUUUCGGAAUUCGUACCGUAGAGAAUUGGGUGUGUCGCAGGAAUAAAAUAAAAAAAACCACCAUGAGCGGACAACAGUAUUACCCUUACAAGUGCACCCCCACGGUGUACCCCGCGGAUCCCUUCGACCCUGUCGCGGAUGCGGAGACCCUCCGCAAAGCUAUGAAAGGCUUCGGCACCGAUGAGAAGGCAAUCAUCGACGUCCUCUGCCGGCGCGGCAUCGUGCAACGUCUCGAAAUCGCGGAGACCUUCAAGACUAACUUUGGAAAGGACCUCAUCAGCGAACUGAAAAGCGAACUCAGCGGCAACCUUGAAAACGUAAUCAUAGCUCUUAUGACCCCCCUACCUCACUUCUACGCCAAGGAAUUGCACGAUGCGGUUGCCGGAGUCGGCACUGAUGAAGAAGCCAUCAUUGAGAUCCUAUGCACCUUGUCAAACUACGGCAUCCGUACCAUCUCAGCUUUUUACGAGCAAUUAUACGGCAAAAGUCUAGAAUCGGACCUCAAAGGAGACACAUCGGGCCACUUCAAACGUCUCUGCGUAUCACUAUGCAUGGCCAAUCGCGACGAGAACGCUGGCGUCGACGAAGGAGCCGCCAAAUCUGACGCAGAAGCCUUAGCAGCGGCUGGCGAGGGCCAAUGGGGCACCGAAGAGUCUGUCUUCAAUUCCAUCCUUAUCACACGCUCUUACCAACAGUUACGACAGGUGUUCGCUGAAUAUGAAGCAUUAACCGGCAAAGACAUUGAAGACACAAUCAAGAAAGAAUUCUCUGGAAGUGUAGAAAAGGGCAUGCUUGCUAUCGUGAAAUGCGUAAAGAGCAAAGUUGGUUUCUUCGCGGAGCGCCUAUACUACUCCAUGAAGGGGCUCGGCACUAACGACAAGACCCUCAUCAGAAUCGUUGUCAGUCGCUCAGAGAUUGACCUUGGCGACAUCAAACAGGCAUUCCUCGACAAAUUCGGCAAAGCCUUGGAGGAAUGGAUCGCCGGCGACACUUCCGGGGAUUACAAGAAGGCAUUACUGACGCUUGUUGAGUAGAUUGUGUCACGGAUGAUCGGGAUCACAACGAAUGCAUUCACCUAGUUUUUAUUGUUCUCAAUUAUUUUUGUCAAUUGUUAGGUUCUUAAGUACUAGGGUACACCAGCACUGAAAACAAAAUAAUCGUCCUACCGUGUUGAUGAUAAAAGACCAAGGUCACGCGAAACUUUUCCGAAAAUAUUUCACUGUAAUAUUAAUUGAAGAUGUGUCUUCUGCCCUAAUUGUUCGCUUUUAUCUUCUUCUUGCCUUAUUGUUAUGCUGACACUUGGUCUGUCAUAUUUUUAAAGUUGAUAACGCAAGGUAAAGGUGAAAGCGCACACGUAGUAUUAUAAUCGUUCAUCUUAGCAAACAUAUCCUAGGUAGGUUUGAUUUUCAAGAAUUUGCAUGAUUACAGAGCGGUAUUUCUUUACGUUGUCUGAGUUAUAUUUAGAAAAUAAUGGGAACAUAUUUACGGCGGUGAAAUUUGUAAGAAAAUUUGUGUCUUGGUUUCUUAUAACAUCGAUGUUUUACAUACAAACAAGUCACAAACUCAUCACAAAUAAUACACACCAUUUUGUCUUCAGUGUGCCAUACCUUAGAUUAUUCAUGCCGGGUGUAAUUAUUUUUUCACAAAGAUCUGUAUAUUUUGCUUCAUACUUUCUCAUUGUCAUGUUAUUUCCUUUGCACAGUAGAUAACAGCUUUUAGACGUGAGUGCAUGGUGGCUGGUACCUCGAGUGUUUGAGUGUGGACGCUUUAUUUACAAGUAGUUGUUGCCAUU